UAGGGCAGGAGAGAGAGAGAAAGAGAGAGAGAGAGAGGAGAGGGAAAGCAAAGAGCGCAACGGUCACGGCAUUCGUAGCGGCAGUGGCUGCGGCGGCGGCGCAAGCGCCAGCGACGGCGGCAUUCCUUGCGAGGCAGAGAUCUCUCGAUUUCUCGGACGAUUGGAGGUGAGCUCGCGAUUCAGUCGGCCACAAUAGCUAGAUUCCUCCAGGUAGUCACCAUAGGGCAGGAGGGCAAUGGGGCGUACAUGCCCGCGUUGCCGCCCAUGGGCUGCAACGAGCUAGCGGAGCUGGAGCUCGAGUCAGUGGCGCUGUCGGCGGCGCACCACCACCACCACCACCACCACCAACACCACCAACACCACCAGCCGGGGCUGCCCACGGCGGCGGCGGCGGUAGCAGCAGCGGCGGCGGUGAAGCAGCCCAAGCCCAGGAGCGCGGCGCGCAAGCAGCCCAAGAUCGAAGCCCUGGAUUCCUCGUCGCCGCCGGGGCAGCACGACCACACCAAGCUGGGCGUGAGGAGCAAUGCAAAGUUUAAGAAGCCGAUGCUCAACCCCGGCCACGCCUCGGGCUGGCUGGCGAUGAUGGAGACGGACGCGGCGGGGUUUCUCCUCGGCCACCACCAGCAACAGCAGCAGCAAUGCGAGCAGGAGCAAAUCGCGGGUGGCGUCGCGAGCAACAACGCCGCGGCCUCCCCCGCUGCCGCCACCGCCACGAAGGCCGAGAAGUCGGGCAAGAACAGUGGUGGUGCCAAGGCCGAGAGCUCCACCACCCGGAAGUACUACCCGGCUCCGUUCUGCUCGUGCACCGGGACGAACCAGCAGUGCUACAGAUGGGGGAAUGGAGGGUGGCAGUCGGCUUGCUGCACGACCAAGAUCUCCAUGUAUCCGCUGCCCAUGAAUCCCAAGAAGAAAGGCUCGCGAGUGGCGGGGCGGAAGAUGAGCGCCGGGGCGUUCAUGAAGCUCCUGGACAGGCUCACGGCGGAGGGCGUGGACGUGAACUCGUCGGUGGAUCUUCGCCCGCACUGGGCCAAGCACGGCACCAAUCGGUACGUGACGAUUAAGUGAUGGACAAGGCUCUUUCUCGGCUCGAUCAUCUCUUUGGUUCUUCUACUCUCGUUUCUUUCUUUCUUUCUUUCUGCGUCUAAUAUCACAGGAGAGAGCUUUGAUCGUCGAUCGAGACCACAGCACGCACUCCACAAACGCACAUCAACCAUGGUAUACAGCGAGAAAUUACAAGGUGUAAUUCUACCGAUGAUGAUGAAGUCUAGAAAACAAAAAAUGUAGCUAUGGAGAUUUUUAAGGGAGGGCGAGAGAGGGUUAUGUACAUUUGUGAAGCAGAUUGAGAGGAGAGGGAAAUUAUUUGCAAGGGGCAACACUACUUGCUUAUAACUGUACAUGGUUUUUCUCUCUAUAUUAUUUCUCCCUCGCGGAA